AUGAGUGAUACUAACAGGUAUGACGAAGGUGCAGAAGCAGACGAGUCUUCAAGUCAAACCGGAACUGAAAGUGCAAAAGGGAGACAAACUGGAAGCCUGCGCCUGACCUGCAGGAGCGAUCUGAUCUCAUUAGGGGCGUUUCACCGGGAGCCCAGCUCCGACCCUGGCGAGGCAGGCCCGUGGCAGUUCAAUGCAGCCGCGAAAGGUUCCACUCCAUCAAUCCCGCUCAAGUCCCUCUUUGCAGAUGAGGCCCUGCUUUCCCAGGUGAGCUGUCUGAAGAAACGCUUGCAGAGGCCUCCACAGCAGAGGUCCACGCAAGGUCGGCCUGGCGAGCCCCUAACGACGGGGCUGCUCACGCAUUCGGAGAGAAACCCAGUGAGUCCUGAUGGGCGCCAGGGGAGCUGUGUGAUGGCGCUCUUUAAGGGACACAUCCCCUUGGUUGGACAGCAGAACUUUUCUCAUCCCUGUUCCAUGGAUGAAUUAGGCUCUCAGCCUCCAGCAGUUCUGACACGCAGGGGCUGGGUGGGCACCACGGCCAGGGUCACCGCCACGGAGGCACUGAAGUGUAAGAUCCAGCUCUGCAGCAGGAAGGCCAAGAUAACCAGGAGAGGGCCAAGCGCCCUCUCUGCUCUCGGGCCGAGGGGGGGAAGUCGAGCCUGGGAGCAGGCACAGGCUGAGGUGGCCUCCUUGAACCCCAGGAUCCAGCAGGUGGACGAGGAGCUGGACGGUGCCCAGGAGCGCCUGGCCACUGCCCUGCAAAAGCCAGAGGAAGCUGAAAAAGCCGCUGAUGGGAGUGAGAGAGGAAUGAAAGUUACGGAACACCAAGCCUUAAAAGUUGAAAUAGGGAUGAAGACAGAACUCCAGGAAAUCCACCUCAGAGAAGCAAAGUGCAUUGCAGAAGAGGCAGUGGGAAGUAUGAAGAAGUGGCUGGGGAUUACAGAGGGGGACUUGGAGGGCAGAGAGGAGCAAGCCACCACAGAGUCCCUGUGCCUGGAGACAGAGGAGCCAACCAGACCGACAGACCUGAACGUGAAGUGCUUGAGUACUGCUAAAGAAAAGAACUCUCAGAGGGAAGACAAACGCGGGGACGCGGUAAGGCUUCUUGCGGAUACAGUCCAGGAGGCAGAGCCCCGUGCCGAGUCUGCGGAGAGGUCAGUGGCCAAGCUGGAGAAGACAACUAAUGACUUGCAAGAUCAGCUGAGAGGCACCAAAGGGGAGCACGUCUGUACCAAGAGGCCGGUUCGACUCUGCCUGACCUGAAUGAGGGGUACAGCACCCCAGUCCCACGCUGCCUCUGCUCCUCCCUCUGACCUCCACUCUGCCUUUCCCUCGCCAGACAGAAGCUGGCCUUGGAACUGAGGGCUGACCUUCCGCUGGAAGGCUGCUUUCUCUCUUUGCCACCUCUCUCCCACCCCAACUCCUGUGUCUUUUUCAAAACACUGUCCCUGCCUCUCUCCUGAGGUUCCAUUUAGGCUUGAGGCUGAGCACCUUCGGAAACAACAUUUAAGAGAAUGUGAGCACAAUGUAAAGGGUUCUUGAAAGCAUGUUGUGUUAUACGCGUUUUACAAUUACCUUUUCUGUUGUUGAUGAUGCAGCAGCCAUUUGUACAACAUUC